AUGAACCGCGAAUUCAGACCGAACGCGAAUUUCGAGCCAUGGGGACCUUUCGUAGGAAGGCAUUUUAAGAAUCAAGAGAUCACCUAUACAGAUAUCACCAUCUCAUCAGUCGCCUGGGCCGCCUCGCUGGUAUGCAUCGCGGUAGCAAUCAAACUCGCAGCCAAACAGUCGAAAGUCUCGCGGUCGCCUUUGAGAAGCACAUACGUCUGGUUAAUAUGGCUUGAGCUUCUGGCGAACUUCUUGAUGGGACUUGAAGGCUAUUUGCAUAUAACAAAAGUUAUCAAGCCAAGUAAGUCUUAUUCCUUUUCUCUACUGCUCUGGUGGUGUAUUCAAGUUCAACUCCUGCUUCAGAUUAUUAUCAACCGUAUCCGGGUCAUUGUUCCCGAUCGACGGCGCUCUAAAUACAUAAUGAUAGGGACUGCGUCGAUCGUGACAGCCAUCAAUAUCAGUGUGUUCAACAUCUGGAUUCCUGCACGACUACAAGUUAACCAUCGUUAUAUCUUGAUCAAUGAGGUUUGGGAUCGGAUCGAGAAGGUGAUUUAUCUCAUCCUUGACGCCGGUCUCAAUUGGUAUUUCCUCAAGACUGUCAAGCAGAAUCUCAUCAACAACGGUCUUCAAAAAUACAACAAGCUUCUCCGGUUUAAUCAACGCAUCAUUGUUGUGUCUCUGCUUAUGGAUGUGAUGAUAAUUGCGGCUAUGUCGAUUCCGAACUCGUUUGUUUAUAUCCAAUUCCAUCCCUUGGCCUAUCUUGUAAAACUCAACAUUGAAAUGGUCAUGGCAAAUCUCAUCAAAAAGAUCGCAGUCAGCACGUCUAAACGCACCGGCAACGUCUCACUUGUUGCGGAAUUCGUCUCGUCGUCCAACAAAUCCUCAACAAACCCCAAUUCGACCCUGCCUCAUCACCACCGCCGAAGCUCGAUCAUCGAGCUCUCGUCAAAUGUCUUCUCAGGCUCUGCGGGAAAAAAAGGUCGCAAGGGAAGUCGCUCUGGCAGUUUUAUGCCCACUGGAAACCAGAUUAAGAAGACGGAGGAGAUUCAUAUCCAGUCAGAGCCAAACCCGGACCGGUUCAUCGGACUGGGUGCGAAGGACCACGGGAUAAUGAUCAGCCAACGGGACCUUGGCAUUGGGCAGGGGAAGAGUUUGGAUGAUGUGACAGAGGGUGGGGAGAGUGUGAAAAGCGAGGAAGUGCAAAGGAGGGAGGAUAGUGAUGAUGAGGCGGUUCUAGUGAGGCAGACGAAGGGUGGGUGGGAUAGAUUACCUGGAUAG